GGCGGCGGUCGCGGCAACUACCACAAAACACAAGCGACACAGGGGAACUGGGGGAACUGAAGGAAACCCGUGAUCGUCAAGAAGAAUGGACGAACGUAUACGAGGGACGCCGAUGGAGUGCGUGACUGCCGACAGGUCGGAGCAGGUUGUCCACCUGGUGGGAGACAUGCCUCCGAGCAAGAUGCCCCGUGUCGACCUCAUAGCGCUCGCCCAACAGAUCGAGACGGCGGACGACUUCAUCCGAGCCAACGUGUCCAGCAAGCUGACGGUGAUUGCGGAGCAAGUGAGGUUCCUCCAGCGCCAGGCCCAGGAGAUCAUGGAGGAAGCCCAGAUGAACGCGAGGCUUCACCACGCAGCCUGCAAUUUCCAGAAGGUGCCCGGCAGCACUUACUACCUCUACAGGAGAUCAAACGACCAGGAGUACUUCUCCAUGAUCAAGCCCGAGGAGUGGGGAGAGCAGUGCCCUCACGAGUUUCUGGGUGGCUUCCGACUGGAGUCGGACAUGACCUGGACUCCCACUGCAGAGAUUGAGAAGAAGGACAGGCACCUCCAGUCCAUCAGCCACAUCACACGCUUCUCUCGCUGGAAGCAGGAGCCCCGGGCAAUCACAGAUGCAUUCCUAGCAGACUGAUGGCAGCUUUGUACGGCCAGGCGUCGCAAAUGGCACCUUUCCUUCGACGUCUAAUGCAUAAAAUGCAUGUUUAGAGUUUAGGAAAGUUGUCUUGGCAUAUUUUCGUUCCAUGCGAAAUGGUCAGUUUCUUUCAACUUUCUCCGAUGAGAAACAAGAUGGAAUUCUCUGUUUGGGAUUUUCUUUUAUUCAAGAUUUUUGACUUAUCUAAAACAGGUGCGUGAAAUGGGAGGUGAUGGAUCUUACUUAGUCAAGAGGAGCGUGUGGUUGAGUCGCCACACAAUUGGAGUCAUUCGGAGAAUGCUUUUGGAUGACCAGUGUUUGCAUCAAUAAAGUGUUAAAAUAUAUUCUAGGACAUGCUUUCAUAACCUUAUUUUUUCAUAAAAAAAAAAUUAAUAUACUGGCUAGUUUCAACCCCUAUCAAGAUGCUCUUUCUUUCUUUUUUCACUUUUUUUUUUUGUAAGUCAAAAGUGGAUGCACGAAACUGGUCAUAAUGACGUCUUUUGGAAAGUUCAGUCCAAAAACAACUGAAAAUGUUUUUGCAAUAUUUAAAAUGCAUCGAAAGGAACUGAGCCUUGAGCCUUUGCCAACUGGAAGCUAAGAGUUGUAUGUUGAGUGCAUGCUCAUCAAGACGACAGGGUCAAAAUAAGCAAAACCUUCUUAAAUCUAGAUUGUUUCGAGGAAGAUACAGAAAUGAAUCAUUCGGCAAAAUGUUGUGGGUGUAAGGCACACGAAUCCCAUCAAAUGCCAAAGAUUUUGGUAAAUUGAAAUUUCUUGAAGUAGAGCUAAGAAUUCAAGGAUAGCAUCACCAAACGAAUUAAUUGUCUCGUCUAGAGGGUAAAAGUAAUCGAGGGUCACUGAAGUAAAGAUUGGCCUGCAGCAAUGUGAAGAAUCGCUUUUAUGGCUAUUGUACUGUCUUUGAAAGCAAAUGCUGCAAUCUAAAAAUUAUGUUUGCACAUUUCCAUAUUAUAAGCAAACGCUAUGAUCAUUUUUGCUUUUGCGAGGGCUGAAUUCCAGUGCAGCUGGCCCAUGAGUCCAGCUAGCAUUGCAAAACCUAACACAAAGGCAAUAGAAUGGAAGUAAUACAAACUGUUGCAAUACUGAGUUUUAGUCCAAUUUGCUUUUAUACCAAUGUCUAGAAAUAAAUUAUUUUUGGAGGAA